UUCAAAAAUUUAGUUGAGCGUGAGAAAUCAAACAGGUCGGUCGUUGUUCAGACGCUUCGCUUGUUAUUACCGUUGUUUGCUCGUUCGUUCGCGUCGUGGUGGUUGCUUGCUUGCUUGGUUGGUGCUCGCGCCAACAUAUCUAUUUCCCAUAUUUUUUUUUGGUUUUGUUUGGCCCCCACACUAUCUUGUUGAAUGUAAGCCAAUGAAAAUACAUUUGAUGUAACUAACAUAUAACAUUUCUUUGUUGGAUAUUUGGAUAAGUUUGGACAUGUUAUAACUAAAAUGAUGUACUAAUGCCAAAAGAUAUCACCAACAACGCAGAUAAGUUGCAGAAAUAAAUAAAUCAAAUUGACAACAAACAAAAAUGUUAUCCACCGAAUCAGUGAGUGCCACUAAAACUUGUGAUAGGGUUUCACCCAUGGACGUAAGUGAUGACAAUUACAACAUUUCCAUCGAUGGAACAACAACAACUGCAGCAGCAAUAACUAGAGUGGAAAAUCAAGAAGUAAACGAUAAUAAUGACAACCGAAUUGACCUCCCUCCGCAAGAGAAUAUUGAAACCUUAAAAUGUGAUAAAACCCUAAUACACAAUUGCCACGAAAUUGAUGAUAAUGCCAGCCACAAUGACAAUGAUAAGGCAGAGAAUGUGGAGGAGGAGGAGGAGGAGGAGGAAGAAGAAGAUGAAGAGUUCUUCAGUCCAAACAAUAACAACAGCAUUUCCGAAGCACAAGCAGAUAGUUUCGAUGAUGACAUAUUUAUUGACAGCGAAGAACAGCUGGAGAAUGGUGACUGUGGGCUAUCCAAAUUGUACCUGAACGAGGUGGAAAUUGACCGAAAUGAAGAGGAGGAGACAAUCACUGAGUUGGUCAAUGCCACUGGAGCGGAUAAAUUGAUGCAAGUUGAAGAGAACAAAAGUAUACGAGUUGCAUUCGGAGUUAUACUGAGAUUGAUAUUCCCCCUAGCCAACGGAGUUGUCCGAGGUAUUAAAGGCAUCAGAGAUGUGCGCUUCUUAAGAGUAUUCCGUAGUAUUGCUUCUAGCCGCCAGUCUUUAUCUAAUUUAUUUGCUUUUGCUGCUAAUACCAUAUCCAUGAAUUUGUCCUCAGUACAAGUAUCACAUCGCCUGGAACCAAUUUUAAAGUUACUGAAAAUUCGGAAAUCUCGAGAUGGCAUCGAAAGUUUGCCCGAUUUACCGAAUUCCUUACCCAAUAGUCCUGAGGGGUUAACUCCCCCAACACCAGAUACUCCGUCAUCACCGGUUUUCUCACCAUUUUUCCGUGAGCCUAGACCUUCCUUGCCAAAUUUUCACGCAUCAUCACGUAUACAGAUUCCAUUUGAAGAACAAAUGGCGCCCAAAUGUUGUACGAUCAAUAUUUUGGCUGAACCACCACCAGGUCAGCCUAUACGGGCUGACAUUGUAUUCAUACAUGGUUUGCAUGGUUCUUUGGUAAAUACUUGGAAGCAGGGUUUGUGGGAAAAUGAACGAAAGCCGGUUGAAUUCGAUCGUCCACCAAAGCCACCAGUACGUCCACCUAAGAGGCCAAGACAUUCGCGGAGUACACCUUUACAUGCACCGCUGAAACAGAAACGGGCACGUUUUGUCCAUCCCGAGCACAAACAGUCAUUCUACAUUGAUUCCAUAGACGAAUUGGAGGAUGCUGAAUAUUCCUUUGUGUGUGGGGAACCCAAGGACGUGCAGGUUUGUGAUGGCUUCGAAUAUAGCUUCCCCACCUUCCGUUUGCGCAUGAACGAUAAUGGCCGCCUACUGCAAGGCGAAAUUAAUUCCAAACUCCAAGAAGUUCAAAAUUCCUCAGCUGAAUCUGAAGACAAAGAAAAUUCUGAAGGCACCACCAACAAUACAAAGAAAAAGGUUAAAUCAACCAAACCUUCACCCAACGAUCCAAACUAUUCCAAAUGCUGGCCAGGCGACUGGUUACCCAUCGAUUGUCCAGGUGUCCGCGUAAUAGCCGUAAACUAUACCACCGAUCAAUAUUUGUGGCGUCCGUUGUGGAAGAAGAAGGAGCCACGUUCGAGUCUCACCCAACGGUCUAGAGAAAUGGCAGAACUUUUGAUACAACAUCGUGUCGGUUAUGGCCAUCCUAUUGUUUGGGUAGGUCAUUCCAAGGGUGGUCUCUUUAUCAAGCAGAUUAUUGUCGACGCAUGGGAAAGUGGUCGUCCGGCAACGGCUCCAUUUUGGCACUCUUCAAAGGGAGUGUUCUUCUAUUCUGUACCACAUCGUGGUUCACAUUUGGCCAGCAUCAAAGCGCCAUUUUUAACGCGUUCUGUUGAGCUAAUUGAUAUUGAAAAGAAUAGCAAAUAUCUUCAGGACUUACAUCGCCGUUUUGUUGGUCUUUAUCAUCUGGGACACUUGAAGAUAGAAGUUUUCAGUUUUGUGGAGACUGCAUUGACUCUUAUGUCGGUUUUAUAUCUACGGAUUGUUGGAGUCGAUUCUGCAGAUCCUGGCAUUGGUGACGUCUGUGGCAUUCGUUUGGAUCAUCGGGAAAUUUGCAAACCACGCAAUCGUGAUUGUAUUUUGUACAAACAAUUGGUUAAUAUGAUUAACAAAGUUUGUUAAACUAAUCAACUAUCUACUUGUUUUUUUGUUAAAUCAACAUACAAACAAACAUACAUACACAUAUAAAUUUUUACACUUUUUAAAAAAGCCAUUUGAAUUUGUUAGUUUUAGUUUAUUUUUAAGGAAACCAACAAAAAAAAAAAACUAUUUUUUACAGAAAAAAAAGAAAGAAAAUAAAAACAUUUCAUUACAAAUGAGAAUUCAUUCAGGAAAUAAUGUACCAAGAUUUGUUUAUAUAUAACACGCAUUGUGAUCAGUUUUAUUGUGAAAUAUUUAUGUGAUUUGCUGAUAUUCAAUUAAAUGUAAUUAUUUUUCUGUUUCUUUUAUUAAGAAUAAUAAUUAAGGUAUGCCUAUUUAGGGAGCUAAUGUAACGUGUUUCAAUAAUAAAAUCUGAAAAAAAUGUU